CAUCCGUCCGCCAACGCACAAACUCCAUCCCUCGCGACAGAGCGUUCCGCUAGUCAGCUACAGGCUGCCCGGGGGCGCACAAGUUUCCGGGGCCGAAGCUUCUCUGGUCUGCCCAAUCCACCCGACGUUAAUCCACCUUCAUCACACACAUCCCCCGAUCCCAUUUCGAGUCCUCCCCUUCAGUCGGAGGGAUCCGCCAGGUCACAGUCCCUCAACGAGGCUGGCUUCACUGGCGAGACGGAAUCUUCUGUAAACCCUGAAGGCGGAGAUCCGAUGCUACACCCAGUGCAAGAGGUCGAUGAAUCAGAGGCGUCACCGGUACCGAUGCCUUUUGAUCCGCUAAUGGUCAUACAAUGUGUCUUGAUUCUCUGCGCCUGGCUCCACACCGAGCACCAUGUCUCAUUUCGUGCAAUCUCCUUGCUUCUCUGGGCAGUCGAUUUUGUUCUCAGAUUCCUUCCGGGAAACAUUCUUGGAGAUAACACACUUCCAAAGACCCUGAAAACAACACUGGCUUGCUUGAGCAUCCACGAUCAGUUCAAGAUACAUCCGAUAUGCCCGUCCUGCCACUCCAUUUUCCCGGAAGUAUCCCCAGUGGAUUCCAAAUGCCCUACUUGUGAUACGGCAAUCUACCGUGUUCGAUCGCAGUCAAUGCUUGACCGCCUCACAGCCACCGUAACAGGAGCUGGCUCCGGAAAUGAUGACGACUCAGAUAUGGAGGCCAGUACUGACGCCCCAGCUCCAGAGAGCUCAAAGCACUCCGAUUUCAAGCCUGUUGCUGUUGCUCCCAUUCUCCUUCUCUCCGAUGCUCUUCAGGGUUUUUUUGAACGGCCAGGCAUGGUGGAAGCGGUUCAGGAGUGGAAAACAAAAUCACAUUCAGACGAGAAACUGGAGUCAAUCCAGGACGGGGAGAUUUGGAAGACCCAGGAAGCUGCUGAUGGAUCACGGUUUUUCUACGACGAGGGAAUAGAUGAAUUACGCAUAGGUGUUUCAUUCGGGAUAGACUGGUUUGGGCGCAAAUCUAGUCACUAUGGUCCAAGCCAUUCCUCCGGUGUUCUCAGCUUUUGUGUCCAGAAUCUGAGUCCAGAACUGAGAUACCGCCCAGAGAAUCUGAUCGUAGUUGGAAUGCCCCCGGGUCCUACCGAGCCUACCUCGCCGCAGCUGCAGAACUACUCAAAGAUUAUAGUAAACAAUUUGAUCAAACUGUUUGAAGACGGAAUCUUGAUAGACAUUCCGGGAAGACCAAAACGGAGGUACCACGUCCGUGUUGCCUUGAUAUCAAUCAUUGCAGAUCAUCCAGCUAUGUGUAAGAUCGCUGGGUUUGCCGAUCAUGGCCACAAGAAUGCUCCCUGCCACAAGUGCAAGGUCUGCAAAGCAGAAAUGUUCACCGCUGCAUCGCUCCAAAAUAAAUUUCCUGGACGAACAAAAGAAGAGCAUAACCAGCUUGCUAAACAAUAUCGCGAUCUUGAGACUGAGGCCGAGAAGGAUGCUUUUUUUAUGGAACAUGGUGUUCGGUGGUCUGAAUUUGUUCGUCUCGAAUACUUUGACAUUAUCCGGUGCACGGUGAUUGAUCCAAUGCACAAUUUACUUCUCGGUGUUGCAAAGACUCAGUGGUACUCAAUCUGGAUCAAGGAGAAAGUUCUACGUCCAGACACAAAUGCGAGGGAGAGGGAACUGCAUUUUAUCCACAACAUUUUAGAGAUGUUUGAAUGUCCAUCCUGGACAGGACAUCUUCCGUUACGGGUUGGCAAGCCUGCCGGUGGAUCCCUCACUGCAGACGAAUAUAAAUUCUCAGUCACCGCGCCCUGGGCCAUCAUAAUCCCAGUGGUGUGGGAUAUAUUCCGUCCAAAGGAGCAUGAACACGCAAAUGAACAGUAUCAGCAGAAAAAGGCAGAAUACGAUUCAGAACUUCGUACAUGGCAGAGGAAAAGGAUAGCUACUCGAGGUGAUCCGCCUCAGCCGCCAUCCGAGCCUGUUUAUCGCAUGAAGAUUGGCGAGGAGGAGAACUUUCUCCGUUUUGCAACUGCGCUGAAGAUUAUAAUUGGCAGCGCGAUCUACAGAGAAAUGAUUCCGAGGGCAUCAUCUCUGUUAGAGGAUUAUUUACUGGGCUUUCUUGAGGCACGUCUGCUCCCUACUGAAUCCAGAAUUUAG